AUGCCCACAGGGGUACCACGACGUCCUGACCCAUCACCCCGUCGACAGACUACAGGUCAACCUCAAUUCCUUGGAUCCGGUCAAUCCAGUAUGUUCCUAUCUCCCGUUCAGGAAGCAAGGAUAGAUAGUUGGAGGAAAGGUGCAUCAACCGCUACGCCACCAGGACCCAAAUCGACCAAAGUGAAAUCUGCUCCUGCUUCUAUAACAAGUAAAGGCAGUAUAUGUACAUGCACAUGUACAUGUACGCAAUGUGGUGGUGGAACAGUAAUAGAAUGUCCUACAUGUGGAGGAUCAAUGAUCAGCGGUUCAUGUUCAUGUUCUGUCCAUUCACCAAGAUCGAAAUCCAGUCAUAAAUCGAGAAGAUCAACUGGAAAAAGUGGAGAUAGAGGGAAUGGACCGAAUGCACAUGUACAUGGGUAUUAUUCUUCUAGUUCUGGAAAAAGACAAACAAGUGAAAAACAUAAUACCAGACCUGAACCACCUUUACCUGUCUCACCGAAAUCACCAAUAAACUUUGCCGUACUGAAAGCUACAGAUAAGUUGGACUUGACCGAGACAGAAAAAGUACGACCACAUCAGGUAGGAGUGUUACCACCUGUUCAAUGGCCUCCUGCACCAGGUCAGGAGAUCCCCAUGAGAGAAAUGGCAAAACCUGCUAUGGAGCCACCGUUACCUAGAAUAGCAGGUGUUAGAGAUCCUGUCAGUCAGAAUUAUUAUAGGAACAUGUUUCCUCCCUAUGCGCACGGACCCACACCAAUGAUCCCUGGCAUUCAUCCAAUUGGUAUGGUCCCUGCUCGACCAUGGAAUACCUGA